AGGAAGAAGACGUGAACUUCCGGUCAGUGCAAUAACAAACAAUGGCGGAGGAAGGACCGGGAAGAGCAGCCAAAGCGACUGCGACAGCCGCAGAGAUGCAGCUUCUCCGCCGCCGACAGCAGCUGGACUACUUCCAGAAGAACGCAGCGCGGAUCCGGAGCAGGAACCUGCUGACCGGCCUGGGCAUCGGAGCGAUCGUGGUCGGCAUCUUCAGCUACACCAUCUUGUCAGUCAAACAGGAGAGGAUCGUGGAGGAGCUGGAUGAAGAGGCCAGGAUCCACAUCAUCAGGGGCCCGCGGACUGGGGCCAACUCCUGAUCAGGGGCUCAGCUGGGCAAACAUGCGGAUCCAUCACACAUCCAUUUCUCAUUUUACACAUUUUAUUCCACUGAUUGCAUAAAGUCUGCUGAUAAAUGUUUAGUUUCUUCUAUUUUGAACAUUAAUUUAAAAAAUGCUAACACAAGUGAUACAUGUGUACAUUCUGACAUAAGGAUGUUAUAAUCAAAUAAAGUCAGAACAGUUAUAAAAA